AGGCUUAGACGCGCAUUCCGCCUUUUUCACCGUCGGGGGUUUUCUCUUUAGACAACGUCACCUCCAUCAGAGCUCACAUCUCUGUUCUGCUCGUUUGCUCUUGAUCGCCAUCUUCAGAAUCUAACUCUCUGCCGCCAGCGACGGACGGUGAUGUUUGGUGGCCUGUGACGGACGGAGCUGGGCCAAUUGGGGCCAAACAAUGCGGAGGUGAUCAGCCAUUUGUUACGUCCGAUACCCAAAGCCUUACGAAGGAAAAUCCCAUCGCCAACGGCUACGCUUUAUUCCCUUGCUCCCGAGAGUGCCUUAAGUCGAGUUGGAGGGUUAUAAGGACUGGCAGGAAGGGCAAAACAACAGAGAUAGGAACAUACGGAAAGCUCUGCACAUCGUGGAGCAAAGGAGCUGGAGGGGCUGACUGCCCCAGGAGGUCGUCCCUGUCGCAGUGAUGCUCAACAUGGAUGUGGGACAUGAUGUGAAAUGGGAGGAUACUUCACGCUGGGGGCAGUUGUGGUCCAUCUCUCAGCCGCAAGAAGUUCCAUAUCGACGGAGCAGCAUAACCGCAGAAUGCUCUCGGUUCCACCCCGACGAUAAUGCUUUUCCGCGACGGCGAACGGCACGUUACCACAGUGGUUCAUUAGGAAUUAUUCUACUUCUGUUUCUCAUAUCACUGGUCUCUCCAGUUGCGGGUGCCUUCGUGAACUUCGAGAACUGUCUCGAGAAGGUUAUUAUCGAUUCUAAUCCUCUCCAACUUCAGUUCGUUCCGCUGAACGCCAGUGUUGUAUACGACCCCAGCGAUACUUUACAUACUCUUAAUGUUACGGUCUACGGCAACGUGUCUGGUCUUGCAACUGACGAGGCAUAUCCUGCCCCCGAUGAUCCGCAGUGGUCGAAUCCCAACGACACGCUGGGCAAGAUCAUUGAUCUGAGCAAGUCCAAUAACAAAUACACAACACUGUUCACGAAACUCAAUGUCCUGAGCUUCACCCCGUAUGAUAAUGCGUCACGGUUCUGUACUUCUGUCACCCAGGGGCAGUGCCCCUUGGGACCGGUCUUUUAUGCCAAUGCGAGCGAUUUAUCCGAGUUGCGAGCCUUCUCCAUUCAGCAUGAUAUGCUGACGUCGUAUCGCUUCGCGACCAUAGUCCCGACACUGCGGGUGAGAUCUGGAGACGCUUCCAACGCCGACCUUGCAUGCAUAUCCAUGAAUAUCACCCCGGACAUUGGCGCGACUCUGGGUGAUACUUUCAGAUACGUCCCUCUCAUAAUCUUGGUGGCCGUCGGCAUUGCCACAGUAGUGGCAGCAAUGUACAGCCCGUGGGGUUCGACGGACCCGUUUCGGUGGACAACCAAUUAUGGACGCGAUCAAGAUCUCCUGCGUCUAGUUACGCCUGGGUUUGCGGACUGUCUGCAAUAUAUCCAAUUUGUCGUCUUAACUGGAGGGUUAAACCUCGACUAUCCGGGUUUCUACCAGCCUGUGGUCAGCCGAGCAAGCUGGUCUACCCUGAUGUUUAACCAGAGUUUUGUUAGUCAUAACGAAAUCAACCCAGUCCAGGAUGGCGUCUAUACCGUCAACGCGACUUAUGGUAUGGCACGGCUGGGCCAGCACGUUGGCAUGGCUGAGGCGGACGACAUUUGGCCAGGGAUGGCCAUCUACCUUCUGCUCAUUCUGGGAGGAGUCACCGCUCUAAUCCAGGUUGCCUUUGCCUUACGCUGGCUCCACCGUCAGAUUGCAAACGUACCCGAGGAAGAUCUUCGUGCAAAAAAUAUGCCUUUCACCGUGGGUAAUGUCAUUCGGGUUAUGUUCAAUUACCUACUGCUUCCACUGGUAUCCCUGUCAAUGUUCCAGUUGGUCGUUGCAAACCACUCGCCUGUUGUUGCGGUCACCUUGGCAGUCAUUUUUAUCGUGGUGUUGGUCGGGUUUGCCGUGUGGCUGAUACGGUUGAUCGUCAGCACUCGACCCAGGUCUUAUCUUUUCGACGAUCUUUCGACUGUGCUCCUCUAUGGCCCGUUAUACAACACCUUUUCCGAUGAUGCGGCGCCGUUUGCAUUGAUCCCCGUAUUCCUUACUUUCCUGCGGGGAGUUGCAAUCGGUGCAUUGCAACCUUCGGGUAUAGCGCAGCUUGUGCUUCUAGCAAUCUGCGAAGUCAUUUUUGUCCUGACCCUCGUUGCAUUCCGCCCAUUCCCUUAUGCGACUUCCAUGAAUCUCUACCACACCUGUUUCUCUGCCAUCCGGUUUGUCGUCCUCCUGCUUAGCGUCACGUUUGUUCCUUCGCUGGGCGUCACGGAGGGUUCUCGAGGCUGGAUCGGAUACAUUAUCUUGUUUAUCCACGCUGCUGUGCUCGUCUUUGGGUUCUUUCUCAACGCGUUGCAGACCCUGGUUGAGGUCGCGGUGCGUCUGGCUGGCGCUGGCGGUUACGAAGGCGUUGCAACCAGAGGUGGUCUCACUAAGGUCUUCGGUAUGCGUCAAUUGUCCCGUCGCUCACCGCGCGCCGUCACUCGUCAAAGCAUGAACUCCGAAGCUGCCAUACUGGGUGGCGUGGAUGAUAGAAGAUCUGCUCAAUUCGACGGGUCGCGAACGCGGAGCUUUUCAGGGAGUUCCGCUUUACUCCUCAACCGCGGAGACUUGGACCUGGGCAGCAUACAGGGCCGCGGCCAUAGCCGAGCCAACAGUAGUGGACCUUAUACCCCAACGAGUCUCGGAGGCAGUGGGAUUAUCAACGGAGCCGGUUAUCAGGCCAUGGGCAAUACGUCGCCCAAAGUUGGUCCGAUCAUCGGGAUGGAGAUACAUGACCCGUACUACCGUCCACCGCGGCCACGACGCAAGACUCUGGAGGGUGGUCAAUCACAACGAUCUGACGAGCCUGGCCAGAAACAGUCGAGCAACAGCGACGCAGAAGAUGAGAUACUGGAUGGCCCAUCUGGAGCCACUCCGGCCGCUGCCUACCUGGGCGCUUCGAGGGACGACCCAGAUUUUGACGACGGUCGGCCAGUCAGGAAGGAUUAUGCAGUCCGUGAAGUUGAUUUCUAUUACCGUGUCCGGGGACCCGCGCUGUCUCACACAGGCACUCGUAAACUGAAAACGGGCCCUGCUGAUCCCACGGGUCCUGUGUCGUCGGCAACUGGUUGGUUCCGCAGUAUCUUCGGAGGGAAGACCAAGGAGAAAAACAAAGGCUUCGAGGUCGUACGGAGUGCGCGUGCUCCGCCCCCUGGGCUUUUCCCGCCGCCUGAAGGCGAAGAAUUCCAUGAGCCUUACCGGGAUGAUCCUGGAGCCCGCGAUUCCGACGACCGGAGAGCUGGCGGGUUAUCGCGUACACAUUCGCGACAGCUAUCCGAAACCGAUACAUCCUACCGUGACUCGGAUGGCGACGACAACACUCGGCCCAGUGCGCUGCAGCCCCCGAGCUUGCCCCGGAUUGAUUCUGGUGGUGAGGUAGAACUUCCGGAUCGCACAGGAUCUCAACGGGAGCCACAGGCGCGCUCUGAUGAUCCCGACCAGCCUCCCGUGCCGAGGAAGAGCUCCAAGCGACUAUCAUACAUCAAGACGGAGUUCGAGGACUCUGCGAGGACAUCAGAGCUGUUGUCACCGGCUGGAGAAGAAGAUGCGACUCCACGGCCAUACGACCCGCCUGGAUCUCGAUCGACCCCUGUGCAGUCUCCAGAUUCGCAAACUGGCCGGUUACCCUUCAGCACGCGAGAGCCCAGCAACGGGGAUCGAACCGCUUCUAUGUCGUCAACUGUCGCGUCGACAGCGUCCAGCGCUCCCAAUACCGUUCUGGACGAGCACGGUCAGCCUCGACACGCUUCCGUGCUUGGGAACUUCGCCUCGGACACUCGGCACGAUCGACCUUCGAGUAUGGGUCAUGUUGCUCAAUAUCGGACCCGCGAUCACAUCCACGAAGCCAGCCCUGAGGAGACUUCGUUCCGGGGCAGCGCGGCGGAGCUCGUACGGUCGACGUCUCAACAGUCUGUGGAGGACGAUGACUGAUGUCCUCCAUUCUUCAGGACCAGGCUUGGGCAAGAAGCGAUUUCUUUUUCGAAUACGGGAUAUUUUCAGGUAUUUUGCUUUAUUCUUCCGCCUUGUCG